AUGCGUUUUGCUUACGCCGCUGUUCCUUUGGCCCUCGCGAUGCGCGCCGCCGCCACCACGAAGGACUCCUGGGCAUUCGGCAACGGAUUCUACUCUGGUCCUGCCACUAACGCCCACAUUACCAGGGCUACCUGGUCCCUGGUCCCCCCGGCAGUCCCCCAGGGUGUAAAGGUCCAGGACUCUAACGACCAGGUCUGGGUCUCUCUUUGGAUCGGUCUUCAGCACACAAAUGGUGAUGACAACUCCUACCUUUACCAGCCUCUUCUGAACUGGUCUCCUGACCAGGAAUCUCAGGGUUGCUCUGCUAGUGCUAAGGAAUGGUGUGUUGCUGCCAGCACUUAUACUCCCAAGGGUCAGAACGGCCAGGCCUAUGUUACUGUCCCCAAGAAUGCCAAGGUGGACUUUGAGGUUGUGGUCACGGACAAGAAGGUCACCCAGACCGUCACCAUAGGCGGCAAGGUCGUCUCCAAGGAAACUGACGACCUGGACGCGGAGCUGCUCUACCUCUACUCCGGAGACGAAUGCUACACCGGCUCCGGCAACUGCGGCACCCUCGAGGCUUACAGCUGGGAAAAUAUCACCAUCCACCUCAACACCCCGGACGAGUUAUUCGGCGAGACCCUCUUUCUCUACAAGGGCUCUAACUCCGACGGUUUCACUAGCUCCGACAACGGCAAGACCUGGUACGCAGAUUCCAUCAACAUUGAGCAGGACACCUGGACUGGUGCCUAA